UGGAAAGACGCAUAUACACACAUAGAGGCGACAGACACACACACACAGUGUUACAGGGAGAGACAACACAGCCACCAGUGGAGGAGAUAGAGGAGCAGCCUGCCCUGCUCAGUCAGUGCUGCCUUAGACUGUCACUGAGACAGGCACUGACACACACAGCACACACACACACAUAGAGACAGGCACUUACACACACAGCACACACUGUCACUGAGAAAGGCACUGACACACACACACACUGUCACUGAGCAGGCACUGACAUACACACUGUCACUGAGCAGGCACUGCCAUACACACUGUCACUGAGCAGGCACUGACACACAGCACACAUUGUUACUGAGAGCCAGUGUAAGGCUGUCUCUCCCCUCAUUCUCCUGCUCUGCGCAGACCCCCGGCUGCCUGCCUGCAGCUCUGCCUAUCUGCCUUGUGCCUUUGGACCCCCCUGAACCCGCGGGCAGUGUGCGCGUCUGUCCAGUGUGACUCUGCGGUAAGGUGUGGGGGUCCUGUUCAUUGUCCCUGCGGUGCGGGGGGAGCUCCUGCUAUAUGUGAUCGGUUUCCCAAGUGCAGAGUGUGAGCAGACUGGCCCUGCCUGCAGUGCCCGCAUGGAUGUGAAGGAAGCAGAAGAGUUGGGCAGUCCCCAACCAAUCACAAUUCAGGCUUUUGCAAGUGGUUCUACGCUCCAUGGCAUUGCUCAUAUCUUCUCCUACGAACGUUUCUCGUGCAGACGGUUAAUCUGGAUACUGUGUUUCCUGGGUUCCUUGUCUCUUCUGCUGUUUGUCUGCACCGAGCGGAUCAUUUAUUACUUUGAUUACCCUCACGUCACAAAACUGGAUGAGGUUUCAGCUCCCAAAAUGACCUUUCCUGCGGUGACCUUCUGUAACCUUAAUGAGUUCCGCUUCAGCCGUGUGACAAAGAAUGACCUGUAUCAUGCUGGGGAGCUUCUGAGUCUGCUGAAUAAUCGAUAUGAGCUCCCGGAUUCCCAGUUGGCAGAUGAGAAAGUUAUGGAAAUCCUUCAAGACAAAGCCAACUUUCGCAACUUUAAACCAAAGCCAUUUAAUAUGAGAGAGUUUUAUGACCGCACGGGACAUGACAUCCGUGACAUGCUUCUAAGCUGCAAAUAUCGGGGAGAGGAAUGCAAUGCCGAUGACUUUACUCCGGUAUUUACGAGAUACGGCAAAUGUUACACUUUUAACUCGGGACAAAAUGGACGCGUUCCUCUAGUUACCACAAAGGGUGGUACAGGGAACGGUUUAGAACUGAUGCUGGACAUCCAACAAGAUGAAUAUCUGCCGGUCUGGGGAGAAACAGAUGAGACGUCCUUUGAAGCAGGAAUAAAAGUGCAGAUACAUAGCCAAGAUGAACCUCCUUUCAUUGACCAACUAGGAUUUGGAGUGGCCCCUGGAUUCCAAACAUUUGUAUCUUGCCAAGAGCAAAGGAUUACAUACCUGCCCCCUCCUUGGGGUGACUGUAAAUUCAGUGCUAUGGACUCCGAGUUCUAUGACACAUACAGUAUCUCUGCCUGUCGGAUUGACUGCGAGACACGUUACUUGGUGGAGAACUGCAACUGUCGCAUGGUGCACAUGCCAGGUGAUGCUUCAUAUUGUACUCCAGAGCUCUACAAAGAAUGUGCUGAUCCUGCCUUGGAUUUCCUAGUGGAGAAAGAUAAUGAUUUCUGUGUCUGUGAAACUCCGUGUAACAUGACCCGAUAUGGGAAGGAGCUGUCCAUGGUGAAAAUCCCCAGCAAAGCUUCAGCAAAGUACCUAGCCAAGAAGUACAACAAAAGUGAACAAUACAUACUGGAGAAUAUUUUGGUUCUGGAUAUUUUCUUUGAAGCACUAAACUAUGAAACUAUUGAACAGAAGAAAGCAUACGAAGUGGCUGGACUUCUGGGUGAUAUUGGGGGACAGAUGGGUUUGUUUAUUGGCGCAAGUAUAUUAACCGUUCUAGAGAUUUUUGACUAUGCCUACGAGAUACUGAGGCACAAGUUAUGUGGAAGAGCAAAAUGUCGGAAAGACUCAAAACGCAACAACAACGACAAAGGAGUGACAUUAAGUAUGGACGACGUGAAGCGUCAUGCUCCGUGUGAGGGCGUAAGAGGUCACCCUGCAGGCAUGAGUUAUACAGCCAACAUUCUACCCCACCAUGCGGUGCGUGGAGCAUUCGAGGACUUCACAUGCUGAAAUCUCUUUAGGAAAGUUGAGAGAGCAAACUCAUCAACUAAAAGUAAUCAAGAACAUAAGAGUUCAAGAGAGAGCACAAGAGACAGUCUGAAAAUCUCUGUAACCAAAAAAAGGCAUAACCUUAGUCCAACAAAAAAAAAAUGAAGAAAAGCUGUGUUUACCUGAAAUAGUGAAAUAUCUUCUGGAAAAACACUGAAAGAAAGAGAGACCCCUUUUAUUUAACCUCAUCAGAUCCUGAGUGAAAGACAAACUUAAAGUAGAUGUGAUACGAGGAUUGGCCUGAGCCAUAUGUGCAGUUUAGGUUACGUGGUUACAACCAUUAAUAGCAAGACAUUCUUAAAACAAAUACAUCUUGCAUUUGUCAACAACAUAGGACUACACCAAUGGAUGCUUCAACAUUGAUGCUCUGGUUUACAAAGGACAAGUAAACCAAAUGAGCUGACUUGGUAAGAGACUUUGGCAAAUAGGUAUAUGCUUUUGAGUGAUGAUAAAUAUCAACAGUCACCAUAUAAAUGUCGAAAGUCACCAGUUAACACAAGGAUUGACUGUAUGACCAGCUGCAAGAAACACACAACACGUCCCAACGUAUCCUGAAUGUAGACAGAGUCAGAAGAGAAUGUGGAAGACUCUUAUCCCCCAAGCAGAAUUGUCCAGAGCUGGAGCCCCCCAUCUUUGUUGGACAAACCUGAGGCUAGGAUUGAUAGGACCUUUAGUGGAAAAAUAACUGAAAUCCACAGUUGUCCAAUCGUUCUCAGUCAGUCUGUCAUUCUGUGAGAGCAAAUAUUUUCUAUAGAUGUUAAAGAUAACACAGCAAGUGAAAAUGUAAACAUGAAUUUCGACUUGCAAGAAGCAAUAAUCUUUCACAGCAAGUACUCUAUAAAAACACAUAUGAAGGUAAUUGAGUUAAAGCGUCAACGCAUACACUGGAACAGCAAACUGCUUGUGAAAAAAAAGAGAUUCUUCAAAUUAAAACCUGCUUCUCCACUGUAAAUAAUUAUCUCAACCAGAGAAAAAUAGAAUGUUUACAUUUGCAUUUAUUUGCCAAGAUCCACCAUCUCAGCCAUACACAAACUUCAGAAGAAUGUUCCAUGACAGACAUGAAAGCACUAACCUAAUCUUGCAUGGUGAGGCAGAACCAAAAACAUGCGCGCAGCUAAAGAUACAAUACGACAGUACGACAGGCCUUUGUUUUCAACCAACAUUGUUAUCCUAGACUGUAUAAUCCUUCCGAUUCUCCAGCUACUUUGCCCCUUGUUACUUCCACUGCCUACCCUAUGAUUCAGUGUCUACCCUUUUUAUUCUAUUGGGUGCCGCUAUGCAUUUGUCCUUCCUGUUUCUGGAUGUUUGCUCCUGUAGUUGGUGAGGCAAGAUGUGUCCUCUACCAUAGUUUCUUUUGGACAUAUUGGAUCCUAUCGUAAAUCUAGUCCUUUGCUCUAGCAAGUGAUAAUCAGGAAUUUUGACUCCCCUGAUUGAUCAUCCAAAAUUGUCCAUGGAUCUGAAUCAUUUUCACUCCACCUCCAUGGAUUAUAAUUUCCUUAUCUAGAUUGCCCUAAGUACGCAUACGUUGAUUAUAUUCUGCUCUUUCUCCUGGUUACUUGAGAUUUUCGCUCUCUCUUCUUUGCCCCAAAUUUCUUAAUAAGCUGGAAUUUACACCUCUGAUCUUCUAGAAUUGGAAACCCUUGAUUGUAACUGCCACGUUGUCAUACAAUAUUGCCUUUCUUGAGUACUGCCAGCAUUCUGUGAAUAUGAACUAAAUAUAGAAUGCUGGGAGCUGGUACUUAAGGCAAUGUUAGAACAGUACAUAGCAGAUUAUGUAAGUGCAAGAAUCCAGAAAAAUCAAACUCUUCCAAUCUCCAGACUAACAGAAAAUGCAAAUUCCUGUGUACACAGCUUUGUGACUGACAAUGGGGUGCUACAAUGAAUUACUAUUUCACUACUAAAAAGGAUCUUUAUAGCUGUUUACUAUCCAUGGCCGCAUUGAUUGUACUAUGAGAAGUCAGUGUGUAUCCAUGCAGGAGUCAAGACCUUAUACACCCCAGAAAGAAGAACUAACUCCGACCCUGGGAUGACUGAUCACUGUGACCAUAAUGUGAAGAGGCACUGAUCAAGCUGAUCGUCAACUCCAAGGACUAGCUUAGACUCAGUGAACUCAUAUUAAUAUUCAGUAUGUCCUCCUGGUACCGCUAUCAUCACCAGGAUCCUUCUACUUGCCUUGCUUUCUACCAUCCUUAGUGUUUUGAUCUCCUCACUUCAUUCUUCGUGAAAAGUUAAACUAUUACACAGACCAUCUUUUCCCACCAUGCACACGUGCACAUGUAUGUAUGGAGGUAGUAUGUUUGAGUUCUGGCCUAUUCACAAGUGUAUCAUAGGUCACAAAACUUAUCUUUUAUUAAGUAUCUUGUCUAACAUGACCAGGCCUACAUAGGUAAUAUACGUCUGCACAGAUAACAAGCUAUUGCCUUUUUGCUUAUUGUCCAUGGAACAGGAGAGAUAAACACCCUACGUGUGUUCUGCUGGAACCGGCCCUGAGAGAGACAGAUGUUUUAUACUUAAUUAUUAGCUUGCUUAGGGCUCUGUCAGUGUUUAAAUGUACCGCCUUAAUGUUGGUAUUAAUAUUUAAAGUACCAAUUCCGUCAUAAUUAUUACACCCGUUUCUCCAUUGCAAGGAGGUGAUGAUUAAGAUCAGUGAGUGUAUUUAAACACUGUCAGAAUAUGUUAGAGUAAGCUAGUAAAUCAUUGAUCAGUUUGUUCCGAAAGAUCACUGCGAAACUGAAACUGGCACACUAAAUAGAUAUCAUUGUGAAGAUGAGGUUGGGGUUUUUAAAAAAAAAAAAACUCAAUUAGUGGUGGGUUCUUUACGGUGAGCCUACACACACUGACAGCAUCAAGUAAUUGUCCUCAUCGAGAAUCAUUGUUAUACGCUGAUUGCAUAUCAGUCAGCUUCCUAAAUUGGAAGCUAACUGAUAUUUCCACAGGAACUCUGUGCCCUGUCCGCAGAUAGUGAAGAAAAA